UGAUGAAAACAAGCCAUUUCUUAAUUUGUUGGAUGUAAAGCAUCUUAAACAUGGAGAACUUUAUUUUAUAUGAAGAGAUUGGAAGAGGAAGCAAGACAGUUGUUUAUAAAGGAAGAAGAAAAGGCACUAUUAAUUUUGUUGCUAUUCUUUGCACUGAUAAAUGCAAAAGAGCUGAAAUAACCAACUGGGUUCGUCUUACACAUGACAUUAGACACAAGAACAUAGUAACAUUUCAUGAAUGGUAUGAAACAAGCAACCAUCUCUGGCUUGUAGUGGAAUUAUGCACAGGUGGUUCACUAGAAAUGGUUAUUGCGCAAGAUGAACAUCUACCUGAAGAUGUGGUGAGAGAAUUUGGUAUUGAUUUGGUUACUGGAUUACAUCACAUUCAUGACCUUGGAAUUAUCUUCUGUGAACUCACACCUGGAAAGAUACUUCUGGAAGGGCCUGGCACACUGAAGUUCAAUAAUUUUUGCCUGGCUAAAGCAGAGGGUGAAAAUUUGGAAGAAUUUUUUGCUUUAAUUGGAUCAGAGGAAGGAGAUGGUGAUGGCUGUGAAAGCACUCCACAAAGAAACUUGAAAAAUAGACUCAAAGGAUCGCCUGUAUACACCUCUCCAGAAGCAAUAAAAGGAGCUGACUUCUCCAUAGCUAGUGAUCUGUGGUCAUUGGGCUGUUUGCUUUACGAAAUGUUUUCAGGAAGACCUCCAUUCUUCUCUGAAAGCUUUUCUGAAUUAAUUGAACAGAUUUUAUAUGAAAAUCCUUUGCCACCUAAACCUAAAGGUUCUGCUCUUCCCAAACCUUCUUCACACUUCCUUAGUUUGCUGGAUGGUUUGCUUCAAAAGGAUCCUCAAAAGAGAUUGAACUGGACAGACCUGUUACAGCAUCCAUUCUGGAAAGAUGCUUUCAACAGAUAUGAUGGUGAUUCCGCAAAUAGCCAGGACAUAAGCUCAAGUGAAACCACGGAGUUGUUUGUAUCUAGAGAUACCAAGGACCCAUUGGAUACCCAUAAAAAUUCAAAUGACAUGUCAUCCUCACGAGCAGAUAAGCAACUUAAUAAAUCUUUCAAACUAGAAAAUCCAUCUGAGUUGCAGCCUAAAAGUGCACCUGGUGGUGAAUCAAAUGAGUCCAUAUUUCUUCUUAGCUCUCGUCCCACUCCGAGGACUAGCACUGCAGUAGAAAUGAAUAGUGCUGCUGCUGCCGCCUUAACUCAGAAUUCAGAACAAAGAACUUUAUGCUUGACAAAGGGUAAAAAUGUACACUCAAGCCAGCAGGACAUGGAGUCCAAGAUGAAAGAGCUCAUCUACACAGAAUCUGACCUUUUUGUAACCCCUAUUAUUGACAAUCCAAAGAUAAUGAAACAAGCACCAGUUAGAUUUGACUUAAAAAUGUUACAUGUACCAGCACAUUCAGUUGAGAAGCUAUCAUCUCUGAAAGAAAUGGACUGGAAUGACUUUUUGCAACAAAUGUGCUCAUUGAUUGACUCCACUGAGAAGAACACAGGGGCAACACGAGCUAAAUUGAAUUUGCUAUGCUAUCUCUGCACUGUGGCUGGCCACAAGGAAGUAGCAACCAGGUUAAUCAGCUCACAGCUGUUCCCAUUGUUAAUACAACAGUUGCGGGCAGCUCCAAAUUGGGAUGUACGUGCCAAAGUAGCCAGAGUGAUUGCUUUACUGGCAUUGCAUACAACUGAACUUAAAGAAAAUGUACCUGUUACUGAGGCAGUCAUGCUCCUAACUGAAGUGAUCAGGGAAAACUUCAGGAACAGCAAAUUGAAACAAUGCCUUUUACCCGCCCUUGGGGAGGUGCUUUUCCUGAUAGCUAGUCAGGAAGAAAAAAAGGAGCACCACAGAGAAUGCUGGGUCGUUCCCUUGGCUGCUUACACUGUGCUAAUGAGGUGCCUUCGGGAAGGGGAAGAACGUGUUGUGAAUCAUAUGGCGGCGAAGAUUGUUGAAAAUGUUUGCACCACUGAUUCAUUUCAUGCACAGGGAUUUAUUACAGGAGAAAUUGGACCUGUUUUAUGGUACCUUUUCAGACAUUCCACUGUAGAUUCUCUGAGGAUAACCGCUAUUUCGGCUUUAUGCAGGAUUACUCGUCACUCACCCAGUGCUUUCCAGAGUGUGAUUGAAAAGGUCGGGUUAAUGGCUGUUAUAAACUCAUUGGCAACUGGAAUAUGUAAAGUUCAACAGUACAUGCUGACCAUGUUUGCUUCUAUGUUGUCAUGUGGGAUUCAUCUUCAGAGACUGAUUCAAGAAAAGGAUUUUGUGACUACCAUUAUCCGUUUAUUUGAAAGUCCAUCAACUUCCAUUCGAGCAAAAGCCUUUCUGGUCCUGUUACAGGUUUUAAUUAAUAACAGAGAGAUGUUACUGCUCAGUUGCCAAGCAAGAUUGGUGAUGUACAUUGAAAGAGACAGCAGAAAGACUACACCAGGAAAAGAGCAGCAAAGCGGCAAUGAAUACCUGUCAAAAUGCCUGGACCUUCUCAUCUAUCACAUUGUGCAGGAGCUGCCAGGAAUUCUAGGUGAUAUUCUUAGUGCCCUAGCUAAUGUCUCUGGACGUAAACAUCCAUCAACAACUCAGGCCAAACAGCUGAAGAUGUGCCUUCCCAUGAUGCCAAUAGUUCUUCACCUUGUGACAUCCCAGGUAUUCCGUCCCCAGAUUGUAACCGAGGAGUUUCUUUUUAACUAUGGAACUUUGCUUAAUUUUAUCAAAUCAAUAGAUUCGGGAGAAACUAACUUAGAUGGAGCAAUAGGUCAAACUGCAUCAGAAGAACUAAUUAAGACCACUUUAUCAGCAUUCGAAGUGGUAACACAGCAUCCAGUCUUGUUGACACUCCACUGCUCAACUGUUGUGGACUAUAUCCUCCCACCCUUAGUUUCUUUGGUCCGUAGUCAGAAUGUGGAAUGGAGACUCUUCAGCUUGCGGUUGCUUUCAGAAACCACAUCACUGCUUGUGAGCCACGAGGUCAUGGCUGAGGAGAAAGAGGAGAGCCUUGACUCAAACAACAAGCUUCUGUGUCUCAUUAGAGAUUCAUUGCUGCCUCAAUAUGAGCACAUUCUAAUGGCACCUGACCCAGUACCAGUGUAUGCCCUGAAACUGUUGGUAGCCCUGACUGAACAUAGCCCUGCGCUUACUAGCCUUGUUGAAGAAAGUAAUCUUGUUCCAGUACUUUUCCAAGUUAUUUUGGAGCACCAGGACAGUGUGCUGGGUAAUACCAUGCAGAGUAUAAUUGCAUUAUUGAAUAAUCUGGUUGCCCACAAAAAUACAAACAUGACUUUACUUUAUGAACAAGGACUGGUCCAUCACAUUUGUAAUCUCUUAAUAGAAACUGCAGCUCUGUAUUUAGAAGUGGAUGAUAAAAGCAACAUCAAGACAGCUAAUGGACUGUUGCUGUCCUUGCUUGACAUUUUGCAUUGCAUGCUGAUAUAUACAGCGAACGUCAUCCGCCUGACUUUACAGGCACAGAAAUCUGGCACAGGAGGGGACACCCAGGCUGCUGAAGACCUUCUCCUUAUCAAUAAACCGCUGACAGACCUAAUUAGCCUGCUUAUUCAGCUGCUUCCUAGUGACGACACUGAAAUAUAUGAGACUGCAUCACAAUGCUUGUCAUUGUUGGUUCAGCUGUAUGGAGGAGACAACUUGGACAGUAUGUCUCCAGAAAACAUGGACAGCUUUGCUGAAGUAUUGAAGUCCAAGAGGGAUCUAAAACAGCAGAAGCUUUUGUUGAGAAUCAUCAAAAGAUUGGUAACUUCAAACAAGAAGCACUCUGAGAGCCUGAAGAAUGAUGGUGACAGUCUUAUCCACAUUCUAGGGAGACUGGCCCAAACUGCCAGCUCCCAUGCGGAUAUUGCUGUUGCUUCCUUGGCUUUUGAAAUUCUUAGAACAGUUGGACGCUAAAAGAUCAAGGCUACCAGAUCAAUCAUCACUCCACAGUCCUGACUGAAUGCACAAAACACUGGCAUGGUGAAUUCCUCAGUCUUGUUUUAGGAUAUUUAUGAAUGAGUGUUGUAGUACGAAUUUGGUAAGAAAUCUAAUGUGUGUGUGUACGUAUUCACUUACUUAUCUGUAUAAGAAUAGGGAAAAAGUGGGGAAAACUUGCUUUUAAAAGAAUGCGCAUUUGUCCAUUAUCUUGCUUAAAUUAGCACAACCUACGGUUUUUGAAGGGAUUUUUUAAGUGUCCUACAGCCAUGUACUGAAGAACAUAAAUUAGAAAAAUUCCA